AUGGCGGAGCAGAGGCAGCCACUAAAGACAAUGACCAAGGCGUCACCAUUCGUGUACUUUUACGAGCCUUCUUCUUCUUCUUCUGCAGUCACCGAUACUGAAAAUGGUUCACCGGCAGCGGCAGCAACAGCAAAUGCUAUUAUUGGAGAUGGUACUACUACAGCAGCCCCCAAGCUGAUCCUGGUCGCCAGCUGGAUGGACGCCCGCGACUUGCACAUUGCCAAGUACAUAACGCGGUACCAAACCUUAUAUCCCACGUCCCGGAUCCUGCUGGUCAAGUUUGUCUUUCGCCACAUUGUCUGGCGGUCCGAGUGCAUCGCGGCCGUCCGGCCGGCCCUCUCGUACAUCCGGUCCCUCAUGAGCAGCGGUGUCCUUUCCUCCGAGUCCGAGGACAAUGAUUCUUCUUCGACCACCCUCAAAGAACAACAACAAUCACCUCCCGAAAUCCUCUUGCACGUCUUUUCCAAUGGCGGCGUCGCCAGCUCAAAGGAACUCUUCGAGGCGUACGAGGCCGAGACGGGCGGGCGGCCGUUCCCCCGGCACACGGCCGUCUACGACUCGUGUCCCGGCCUGUACAGCUACUGGAGCGCCUACAAUGCCUCGAUCGCUGGGUUUCCCAGAGGCAGCCUGCUGCGCUGGCUCAUGGCGCCGCUGAUCCACCUGCUGGACAUGUACCUCUGGGUCGUGGCCGUGGCGCUGCGCAGGCCCUAUAACCUCAUCAUCAACGCCGACCGGCACAAUGAUGCCGCCCGCACGCGGCAGGCCUGUCGCGCCUACAUUUACGGCCGAGGCGACGACAUGGUCGACUGGCGCCACGUGGAAAAGCACGCCCGCCAGGCCGAGGCCCGGGGCUACGAUGUCCGGGCCGAGGUGUUUGAGGAGGGUACCCACGUUGCCCAUGUCCGGGUCGAUGAGGCCCGAUAUUGGAGGAUUGUGGCCGAGACGUGGGACAAGAGUCAGUCUACCGUCUCGUGA